UGGAAAGGAACUGUCAACCUAUUGUUCGUGCUGAAGGUGAAGAUUUGGGAGUAACCUGUGAAACUGUGCUCGAACUACUGGUUUUCUGAUUGCAUUAUCCACACAAGUAUAAUACACUUAAAAGCUAAACUGACGAGAUGUCUGUCAAAACAGUUGCCAGCUAUACAUGUGCCAUUUUUUCAGUGAUUGUAUUAGUGCUGUGUUUGUGUACAAAUUACUGGAUUGAAUACCAGAUUAUAGACUAUGAUACACAGAUUGGAAAGGAAAAUCGCCGUUACCAGAGUAGAGCUGGGCUAUGGGAGUUUUGUACCAGGGUGAAAGAAAUAUCCCAUUCAGACUAUGGAGCAUUAAAAUGCGAACCAGUUGGCGACAAAGAGGAAACUGGGCUCAGUGAUAGUAAAAGAAGUGCGAUUCUUGCCAUGUACAUUCUGGCUAUGCUGUGUACACUGGUGGCUUUCAUCUUUGUUACGGUCUAUUGCAUCACAGACAAAUACUUCUUCCCAGUAACAAGAUCUGCCAUACUUUUCUUUGUUUCAGCUGUUUUCGUGAUCAUUGGCUUAGCUAUUUACACAGACAACUACAUUGACAAAAAAGUUCAGUUCUCAUGGUCUUAUGGUGCUGGUUGGUCAGCGGCAGCAAUGUACAUUAUCAGCAUGAUCUUGGUGCUUGCAGAUAAGUGAGAAAUUGCAUAAGACUAUCUGUCAGAGGUUCACAAUGGAGACAAGAUAUCAAGGUUUCUUACAAAUUCAUUGUUUGUUUGUGAAAAGGAAAAAACAAAGAAAGUUGGCUAUGGUAGUUAGUGUAGAUUUAUUUAUAACAUAGAAGAAAUAUCUGCCUGAUUUAUCAGAGGAGAACAGGAUAAUUAAUCAUGGAUGAAUGCCACAUUUAGGACGCUUGUUACAUAUUGUCCGAAAAUAUGAAACUUUUGAUUAAUCAAAAUGAUGCUUUGCAUUUCAAAUGAGACUCGCAUUGGUUUGCACAAUAAUCAUGAAAAAUUUUGGUUCAAAACUUUUGGUACCUCAGUACAAGCUUGAUGCAUGUACAUCCCACUUUUUGCCUGAAAGUUAUGCUUGUCUUGUUUGGUCAAAACAUUCAGAUAAAUUGAUAAGUCAAUAUUUUGAUGAAGUUUGAGCCUGGCAAUUAUUCUUAGUAAAUUCUUAAUUUCCUCAGUUUUCAAGUUUUGUUAUUCUUAAGAUGUUCACUCCUAUGAAAGUGUUAUUCCUAAGUUUGAAGAUGUUGUAUAAGAAGGUUUAUUGAUAUUACUGUUAUUAAGUUUAAGUAAGAUAGUAUAUAGCGAACUUAGAUUUUUGGACAUUUCAUUUCGGCAAAUUUUGUUUGAUUUUGGAAAUUGCAUUUAAGCAUUUGCCUUUUUACAAGUUAAUAUAAGAUAGAUAUAAAAAUGAUUACUUCUAGAAAGUGAAGUGAAAUUUAUUGUGCUGUAAUAGUUAUCUAAAGCAUCCAUAAACCUCUAGAUUCAUAGCCUCCAUGCAGACCUAGUGCUCCAUUGCAACAUACUUCUGCCCUGGCACUUUUUUGCAAAAGAAAUAAAGUCUGUAUGCAGGCUACUAGAUUCAUGGCUCUAAUUCAUUUCUCAAUGAUGUCUACUUUUAGUACUUUGUGCUAGUACUUUAGAUUCCUAUAUUUAUUUUUGCAUUUUGUCAGUAACCAACUUAUCUAGCACUGAUUUUUCAUUACUUGCUAUUUAUUUAGAUAAGCCACUUUUAUCCAAAUUUUAUCUUUUUUGUGUUGUGUGUAUAUUAAUAUGAUGUACGAUAGUCACUUUUCAAUUUUUUUUCCUAUUUUGCAUGCAGUAGAAGGCUCACUCUCUUUUAUGAAAAAGAUAGUUUUCAAACAAA